AAAAAAUCUCAUGACUUAGUUUUGAGAAUUUAGACUGAAAUAGGAAAGAACUGGACGGCCUGGUAGCGAUGACUUCCAAUGUUGUUCCGCGGAGGGAUAUAUUGCUACAAAGGAAAAUCUAGGUCAAGUGCGCGGUGCGGGUUUGAAUCUUGCACGCCAUACAUUUAGCUGGACGGAAGAUACUGCUUGAACCCGACUGUCCGCCGGGCCAUGCGAUCCUAGGAAGGACGACCAAAACCUCCACCUGUGACCUCAACUACCUCAAGACAAUAGUCACCGAUGGACAUGGACAGAAGUCCCGGCCUUGGCGCUGGGGGCGUGCCGGGAGGAGGCUCCGCGGCAUCGUCCCCGGCCUUCCCCGGCUCCCUUCUCCUCGGUCAGGCCAGCCCGCUGGCCGUGACAACCGCUGCCGGUGCCUCACCCGCCUCAUCAAGUGAGUAUGGGUACAGGGAUUUGAAGAAUGAGGGAAGAAUCAGCAUGGCAGGAAGAGACAGCAUGUCAGGCCUCCCGGUGACGCCCCGCUCCGCAGCGGACAGCUUCGGCUCCAAACAGGACAGCAGGAACAGCCUGGGUCUGCGAGACAGCCUGGGCAGCCUUCCCCUCACCCCCCACUCCUCCAACAGCACGUUUGACCUCUCAGGAACACCCUUGUCUGUCAGCAAUGCCUUCAGCAUGUACAGCCAAGCAAAUCCACCGCAAUUGGAGGUUGGAGGACAAAUCUGCAACUUGGGAAAACUCAUUCCAACAGUCCCUGUCAUGGACGGGAACUCAUGGAACCUUCCAGUGACGCCUGACAUGGGGGAAGGGAAACCAGGAGACAAGACAUGUCUGAUCUGCGGGGACCGUGCCACGGGUCUGCACUACGGCAUCGUCUCCUGCGAGGGCUGCAAAGGGUUCUUCAAGCGCAGCAUCUGCAACAAACGAGUGUACCGCUGCAGUAGGAACAAGAACUGUGUCAUGUCGCGUAAGCAGCGCAACCGCUGCCAGUACUGCCGUCUGCUCAAGUGCCUACAGAUGGGCAUGAACAGAAAAGCCAUCAGGGAAGAUGGGAUGCCUGGAGGAAGGAACAAAAGCAUUGGGCCUGUGGAGAUAUCAGAAGAGGAGAUAGAAAGGAUCAUGUCAGGCAAGGAGUUUGAGGAAGAGGAGCAACAGGAAGCCAGCUCGACGACAAACGCUGACGGCUCGCUAUCAUUCUCCGCCCAGGCAAACGGCAUGGGUGGCAUCCAAGGUCUGAACGGGGUGGGGGGGCUGGACCUCUCUGCCCUCAACUACGGUUCCCUCAGCCAGGGAGUUUUGGCAGACAAAUCUCAGGGCAGUAAUACGUAUAUGCCAGGACUCCCUAGCUAUGGGAACGCACACAGCAUGGCAAUCCCCACCAGCAUGGGGCACUUGGACCCGCAGUCCGCCACGCUCCUGGACCAACUCCUCCGCGCUGAAGACUUUGACCCGCUGCACAGCUCCAUCAUGGUGGAAGACGACUACGAGGUCUCCAAGCACGAGCUCUUCUGCCUGCUGUGCAAGAUCGCCGACGAGAUGCUGUUCAGGCAGAUCACCUGGAUCAAGAAGCUGCCAUUCCUGUCGGAGAUCUCCAUAUCCGACCUGUCCACACUCCUGACCAACACGUGGCAUGAGAUUUCCUUCCUGUCAGCCCUGUGCGUCCACAAGCCCCAGCUGUUCGGAGAGUUCGGCAGUAUCAUCCUGAAGUACCAGCCAACCAACGAGGAGCUGGAACAGUUCUCGGACGACGGCAUGGAGAUCGUGGAGCGGACCAUGUACCUCUCAGGGAAACUUCACCAAAUGAAAAUCACCAAAGAAGAGUUUGUCUGUAUGAAGGUCAUCAACUUCUUGAACCAAGAUGUGAAGAACCUCAGAGAUGCAGAGUUGAUAGAGAGCGUGAACAAGCGGUUCUGGUACGCCUGCCAAGACUACAUCGAGGCGCAGUACCCGCACCAGCCCGCCCGCUUCCGCGAGCUGAUGAUGUGCCUCCCGGAGAUCCGCUACGUCACCAGCAAGAUCCUGGACAUCCCCAUCGAGCACCUCCCCCUCCUGUUCAAGGCAAUCAUGCACAGCUGCAAGGUCAACACCGGACACCCGUCCAUAUGUGUGUCCGCAUGACAGGACCGCUCCACACCAGCAUAGUGCUUUGUGUUUAACCUCCAUGGGGGAAAAAACACACCCACGAUCUUCACCACUUUCCAACCCACACGACCCAGUUCUUCUGUUGUUCUUGGUCAUUGGGUUGAAAAGUUUUGAAAUCUGGGCAGCUGGCAGAAAAUGACAUAACUUAGAAAUCACCGCGCUGUGACAGCACCGGUUGGUUGUUGACGACAACUGGACAGU